AUGACAGAUAGCACAGAAGUCGAAGUGACUUAUGUUUCCCAGCGCAAUAAAAGGAGAAGAGAGAAAGCAGAUAAAAAUUCAGAUAUGUCGACUUUCAAAAACGAAGUACUGAGCAUGUUUAUGGAUUUAAAAGUUACUAUGAAGGAAAUAAAAGAACAGAAUAUUAAACUGAAAAACUCGGUGGACUUUACAUCAAAGAAAUGUGAUGAAAUUCAUCUUUUGCAUCUUAUCUUAUAG